UUGCAUAUAAGCUUAUGGUAUAUCAACGAAUGCAGUUAGUAAAUAAGUUUUCAUUGUCUCGAUCGCAGUUGUAACAUACGAACGGUUUACAAUGAGAAUGCUAUUUUUGUGCUUCGUGGUGGUGUUAUUCAUUUCGGAUAACGCAGCAAAUCCAGUCGAAAGUGUUGAUAUUGUUGAAGCUUCCGGGGAAAAAGAGAAUUUGACUAGCGAUGAGAAUACGAAGUCUGCAGAAAAAUCUGUAGAAAAUCCGGUGGAAAAAAUUGUGUCUGAACAGUUGAAUAGUGAAAAUGAAAUGCCCGAAGAAGUCAUUCGGUCGAAAAAGUCUAAUUAUCCAAGUGCUCCAUAUCCAAAUGCUCCAUAUCCAAGUGCUUCGUAUCCAAGUGCUCCAUAUUCAAGUGCUCCAUAUCCGAGUGCACCGUAUCCAAGUGCUUCGUAUCCAAGUGCACCAUGCGGCUGUAGCAACCAAUAUGCUCAACAAAGUGUAAAUUACGGUGCACCACAAAUUGCUUAUGGAUCAGCCAGUUACGGUGGAUAUUCAGGUCCCAGUUACGGUGGAUAUUCAGGUCCUUUGCCUGGAUAUAGUCAAUAUUCGCGACCGAAGUAUGGUAAACGGAAAGGAAGUUCAUACUUGAAACACCAAUCGUCUUAUCAAUCAGUGCAGCCAACUUAUCAACCAUCUUACCAAGCGCAACCUUCUUAUCAAUCACCACAACCUUCGUAUCAAUCACCAGAACCUUCGUAUCAAUCACCACAGCCGUCUUACCAAGCACAAGCAUCCUACCAAUCGCCAGAAAUUUCUUAUCAGUCACAACCAUCCUAUCAACCAUCUGAACCAACGUAUCAAUCCGCUACGAGUUCUUCGUCAAAUUACAGAUCAUCAUCUUACGCCAACGAAGCAACUGUAGGGUCAGCUCCUUCACAGACGUACUCAUAUCCAUCUCCUGCCCCAAGUGUUCAGUGUGGAUCAAAUGUGCUCGUUGGCUGUCAACCACACGUGUCGCAGGUGCCUUGCUCAGGAUAUUCGCCAUCUUAUGGCAGUGUGAACUAUGGUCAACAACAGUAUUCCGGAUAUCGUAGUGCAGAUGAAGCAACAGUCUCCUCGAGUCCUUCAGACGAACAAAAUUCAGAUACAUCAGACAAACAUAAUACGAAAACCUCUGGAUCUAAGGACAACGCAUCGCUUUCUUCUAUUUUGUCUGCCCCGACUAACCAUGCCAUCGAAAAAGAUAUGAACAACGAAAACAAGAACGAUGCUAGCCAGCAAAAAGACGCAACCGUGUCUACAACCAAUGAGCUAAAUCCAGACGAAGCUAAGCAGAACAGAUUCGACGCCCUAAUGAAAAUGUCUGAAAUGGCCAAAACUUUAGCUAAAGAUGAAAAAGAACAGAGUCAGAAUCCACAACAGAAGCAGCUGAUGCCAACGAAUCCAAAACAGAAUCCGUUGAUGCCAACAAAUCAACAACAGAAUCCAUUGAUGCCAGCAACUCCACAACAGAACCAUUUGAUGCCAGGAAAUCCACAACAGAAUCAUUUGAUGCCAGGAAAUCCACAACAGAAUCAUUUGAUGCCAGGAAAUCCACAACAGAAUCAUUUGAUGCCGGGAAAUCCACAACAUAAUCCGUUGAUGCCCACAAACCCACAACAGAAUCAUUUGAUUCCAGGAAAUCUACAUAAGCCAAAUGAAAAAUCGCUGUUUUCCGGUCCGCCUCCGACAUCUGUGAAUGUGGGUAUAAAUGCAACUCCCAACAACCAAAUAAACACAGCCUCAAACAGCCAAGUGAAUACUCAAUUUAUGCCGCAGCAGCGACCGAACCCAUGGGUAUAAGAAGAAAUUAAUUUGAAAAAUUGAACAGAAGUAUUGCGAGGUGUUUAAUGUGAUUUAGUGUUUUUAUUCAUUAAAAAUUGAAGUUGUGGAGAAUUUGCUGUUUUAGUGGCA